AUGGAUCUUGAAACGAGGAUCAAGGCGUACCGCUUCGUGGCCUACUCGGCCGUCACCUUCUCCGUCGUCGCCGUGCUGUCGGUGUGCGUCACGCUGCCGAUGGUGUACAACUACGUGCACCACGUCAAGCGCUCCAUGCAGAACGAGAUCACCUUCUGCAAGGGGUCCGCCAAGGACAUCUGGAGCGAGGUCAACCACCUGAAGAACCUGCCCACCGGAAACCGCACGGCCCGUCAGGCCGGAUACGGUGACGCCGCCGUCGGAGGAUCGGCCUCGUCGGGAGGCUCGUGCGACUCGUGCUGCUUGCCUGGUCCCGCCGGACCCGCCGGAACCCCCGGAAAGCCCGGACGCCCCGGAAAGCCCGGAGCCCCUGGACUCCCCGGAAACCCUGGACGCCCGCCACAGCAGCCUUGCGAGCCGGUCACCCCGCCCCCGUGCAAGCCUUGCCCACAGGGACCCCCCGGCCCUCCUGGGCCCCCUGGAGCCCCCGGAGAUGCUGGAGCCCCUGGCCAGCCUGGACAGCCCGGAAACGACGCCGCCCCCGGAGAGCCUGGACCCAAGGGACCACCUGGACCUCCCGGAAACCCCGGAGCCCCCGGAGCCCCUGGAGAGCCUGGAGCCCCCGCCGUCAGCGAGCCGCUCGUGCCCGGCGAGCCUGGACAGCCUGGAGAGUCCGGACCCCAAGGACCCCCCGGCCCACCUGGCCAGCCCGGACAAGACGGAGCCCCCGGUCAGCCCGGACCCAAGGGACCCCCCGGACCCGAUGGACAGCCCGGACAGGACGGAAACCCCGGAGCCCCUGGCCAGCCUGGACAGGCCGGACAAGCCGGAGAGAAGGGUAUCUGCCCCAAGUACUGCGCCAUCGACGGCGGAGUCUUCUUCGAGGACGGAACGCGCCGU